AUGUUCGACGAACUAACUGCACUUCUUGAUGAUACACAUCGUCCAUCGUCUAAUUCGAUUCUUCUAACAAGUCUUGAUUUUGAUUCGAAUUUUUUAUUACAACAUUUUUUAAGUUAUUCAAUAAAGAAUUCAUUAAAUUGUGUCUAUAUAAGUUUAUUAACACCAUUUUCACAUUUGAAACAUGUUCAAAAUAAAAUGGGAAAUGUGUUAAAAACACCAGAAAUAUCAUCAACAUCUCCUCUAAUGUUUAUACCACUUUUUUCAAUAUUAUCUGAUCAAUUUUUCAAUGAAAAACCAUCGUUUAAUAUCGAUGAUCUUUGUGAAAUCAUUCAACAACAAAUUAUUGCAUCACCCGAUAUAUUUAUUUUUGAAGAUUUACAAAUCUUACGUCAUUUAUUGAAACUUUCUGAUGGCAAAAUAUUAUUCAUGCAAAGAAAAUUACGACAACUAUUUCCGAAAGCACAAUUUAUCACUCAAAUGUCGAUUUCAGAUGAUGAAAAUGAUGAUGAAAAUUUUUCAUCACCAUUAAUAAAUAUGCUUAAAAGAAUACAUGAUAAGCAUAUAUUUGUUCGAAGUUUAACUACGGGAGCUACAAAAGAUAUUAGUGGACAAUUAACCUAUUCUGGUCCAUCUAAAUCAAGUCUAUGGACAAAUACAAUUAUUCGCCAAUGUUUAUUUCGUUUGACAGAUCGAACAUUAAAUUUGAUUACUAGUGCUGUUUAA